CUUUCUUACUGAGACAAGGAGUCGUGAAUACUUGGACCAGCCAUAUACGCGCCCAAGACAAAUACGAGAUUACCGGUCUCUGGACCCGUUGACAAAACUGUAUCCAUCAUCAGCAGACUACGAUACUGACCAGAAACUAGGCGCAAUGCAAAAGUUCGGUCGAUUGUUAUCAUCAGUGGUGACUGAGCCACCAAUUCCAUACCCGACACUCACUGGACCCUCUCAUUGGAAUUGGAAUUUUGUACCACGAUCGACGCUAGCUUCUGCGUCCUCGCUUAGCGCGACCCUGGCCCCCGACAAUCUCUGGAACGAAUCUCUGGAUGAUGAUAUAGCUUAUCCGGCGGCUCACGCGUUCGAGCCUCUCUCUUCGUCGUCCUCGCCAAAGUCUUGUCCCGUUUCAAAGCCAAAGUACAAAUCUCGCACUCAUCGUCCUAAACCUGUGGAAUCCGUCAAGGAGGAACCAGGAUCCCCCAAGUUUAUCAUCGAGCCUCUGCUUGAUGCCAGGCGAUGUUCGCCUUCCCCGGAGCACACCCAUUCCCUUCUCGGACGGUCGUUGCUUUCCCAGCCUUUCGCACCCCCGACGCAGGUCCCUCUCCGUGCCACGCAGGCCAACGACGACAUGCGCAGUAUGAUGGGCGUGUUCCGCCUCGACCCUUUCACCGCGCACGGUGGAACGCCCUCUUCCAACCUAACCUACUGCGGGGAGGAGCCAGGGCCUCUCGAGUCGAUGCCUGUACUGCUGCCUGAGUGGCAGAUUCCCGGCUACGAUAGUGGGAUCUUCAGCUCUGACCUAUCAGAGCACCCUCGCGUAGACAUCGACAGGCUAGAACGGUUAUCACCUAGCUUUGAUGUUGCAGGAGUGAAGAGAAGGCGUGAUGAGACCAAGGAAGGGGGCGACGACGAAAGGCAAAGUCAGCGGUACAAGUUGACGGAAGCUGUCUUCACCUCCAAAUCACCAAGUGUCGAAUAUUCAAGGGCCAAGAGUCUGAUCUAUCCCUCUCCAUCUUUGUCGCCUAUACCCAUGGCAGAACCAGCUACGGUUACCGCCACCAUACCGGCCCAGAUUUCAUAUAAUUAUUCUCCCAAACAAGAGGGUGACUUUGACAACUGGGGUAGAAGACAUCUUCGUGAUCCAGGUGGACUGAGUUACAAGCCUCUUCGUCGUCCUUGGCAGGAUUCAUGGGUGAUGUUUUACCGCCGCGACCCGCUUCUCUGCCGCCCAGGAAAAAUUCAUCUGACUCGUCGUUAAUUCCACCUCUAUCCAAUGCAUGCAUGGAGAGGGUUGCAAAUGACCAGUCCAAGGGAAUCGCAUCCAUGCUGAACCAGCCAAGUCAUGCUCUCGUCAGCAACGGUACCAUUCCUCGUGAUAUCAAUGCUUCUCCAUAUCACCAAUGGCACCGGCGUUCAGCACGUACCCCCGUUUCAUCGUCAACGGGGGCAGUAAUAUCCGCGACGGCGACAUGCAAGUUCCCAACGACGUACCAACAGCAUUGGGAGCAGGAACAGCAUCCCGUUG